GCAGUAUGUACUCGCUCCACUAGCCUCCACGCACGCAUGAUCCGAUGCUUAACCAACUCCCUCCUCUGCUGCUACCUCUACUACUACAAUUCCAUAUCAUCAUCCAAUCAAGAAUUUGGACACAGAAUCUGGAAGUUGAGGCGCUGUUACGUUGCAGCAGGUACCAAGCAUGCAGUGGACGGUGUAGUGGCACCGGUAGUUCUCCUGCCCUUGAUUGGCACCAACUCAAUCUGUCAGCCAGCGAUCGAUCACACUCCCAGAUGCUGAUCCCCUCCCUGCUCUGCUCCUCCUAACCCCAAUUAAUCACCCUGAUCGAUCCGUAGUCAGUCAGUCCCGUCGUCGUUGCCUAGCUCCUACCAAUCACAGUCCCCUCUUGCGUUCCCAAGCAACUCCUAACAUAUAUACUCCUCCACGGCCCGGAGCCCCGAGCUCUCCUCCCCCGAUCCCUUUUCUUUUCUUCAGCAGAAGCUCUCGAUCUCUCUCUCUUCUCUCCAAUCUCCAGACAUCCACACAGCCCAACUAGGUAGAAGCAAGUCGCCGGUGGCCAAGCGGCUAGUAAUUAGCAAUCACACUGCAGCAAAGGUAGCAAGCAAGCGAUCGCCGGCCAUGACGGUGAAGAACUGCGGCGGGCACAAGGGUUGCGAGUGCGACCGCGAGCGGCUCUACCGCAAGUUGUGCGCCGCGCUCGUCGCCUUGGUCCUGCUCGUCCUCUUCGUCAUCCUCAUCGUCUGGCUGGUGCUCCGGCCGCACAAACCCCGGUUCUACCUGCAGGACCUGUCCGUGCUGUGCCUCAACGUCACCCCGCCGGCGUCCACCUACCUCUUCACCACCAUGCAGGCCACCGUCGCCGCCAGGAACGGCAACGAGCGCGUCGGCGUGUACUACGACCAGGUGGACGUGUACGCGCAGUACAAGGACGUGGCCAUCACCGUGCCCACGCGCCUCCCCGUCGGGUACCAGGGCCACGGCGACCAGUCCGUGUGGUCCCCCUACCUGCAGUCCAUGGACAGCGUCCAGCUCCCGCCGGCGCUCGCCGUCGCGCUGGCGCAGGACGAGACCGCCGGCUACGUGCUCAUCGACAUCCGCGUCGACGGAUGGAUCCGAUGGAAAGUGGGCUCGUGGAUCUCCGGCCACUACCACCUCCGCGUCAACUGCCCCGCGCUGCUCACCGUCAACGAGGGCAAGGGCAGCUACGGCGCCAACACCGGCGGCGGCAACGGCUACUUCAGGUUCCAGCAGGCAGCCGGCUGCGCAGUCGACGUCUAACUAGUUUUGGUGAUAUAAUUUGAAGCAGGUAGCGAUAGAUCGCUCCAAUUCAUGGGUGGGUUCUGGGUUGGUUGGUUGCAAACUUUGAGUGCAAGAGAAGGGAACUAUUGGGCAUAUUGAUCGAGGAAGAGAUGAUGCGCGCGGAUGAUGAGCAGACGUGAAGGUUGCUCUUGCUCCACCAAUAAUAUUGUGAAUUGUUCAUAACUUCAUAUAUACACACACAAGUUUAUCUUGGUCUAGCUAGUUGAAUUCCCAUCAGUUUAAUUUGCUUUUUCCAUGGUCGAUAUAUGUUUGCUAGCUUUUUGAUCGAUCGAUCGAGAUCGAUCGAUUCCUCGAAAAGGAAAGGAAAAGGUUGGGCUUUCUUUGUCGCCGAGAA